GGUUUUCACAGACAUUCAGCAGGUCCUCAGCAACCUGACGCAUCCCCGUUUUGUAUUCACAGUCAACGAGGGAGAAGCAGACAUCCUCUACAACUUCUCGCACUUCAAAGAUUAUAGGAAGCUAAGUGAGCAAAGGCCCGCGGUAAUGGUGAAUCAGUUCCCGUGUGAGAACCUCCUGACCGUCAAAGACUGCCUGGCAUCCAUCUCUAGGCGAGCUGGAGGAGCAGACGGGCCACGAUGGUUGCCUCGUACUUUUAACCUCCAAACAGAAUUGCCUCAGUUCAUCAGCUACUUUCAGCAACGUGAGAGAAGAGGAGAAGACAAUCACUGGAUAUGCAAACCGUGGAACUUGGCCAGAAGCCUGGAUACCCACAUCACCAACAGCCUUAACAAUAUCAUCAGGCAUAGGGAAAGCAGCCCAAAGGUAGUGUGCAAAUAUAUUGAGGAUCCGGUCUUGUUUCACCGGGAAGAUGUGGGAAUGGUUAAAUUUGACAUCCGUUAUGUUGUGUUGCUGCGGUCCGUAAAACCCCUCAAGCUGUACACCUACGAUGUAUUCUGGCUGCGCUUUUCAAAUCGGGCAUUUUCACUUGACGACUUGGAUGACUAUGAGAAGCAUUUCACAGUCAUGAAUUAUGCUCCUGGUGUAACAUUAAAACAGGUACACUGUGAAGAAUUUAUUCCUCUGUUUGAAAAACAAUAUCCUGAAUAUCCUUGGACAACGGUACAAGCAAGUAUUUUUAAGGCAUUUGCUGAAUUGUUCCAAACUGCUUCAGCUAAACCUGCACCUCUUGGCAUCUGUGAUUAUCCGUCAUCGAGAGCGAUGUAUGCCGUUGACUUGAUGCUUAAAUGGGACACCAGCAGAGACGGGAAAAGAGUUAUGCAGCCUCAGAUCCUGGAGGUGAACUUCAAUCCUGACUGUGAUAGAGCCUGCAAAUACCACCCCACCUUUUUUAACGAUGUCUUCAGCACCCUGUUUCUGGAUGAAACGGACAGCUGCCACGUGACGUGCAUUGCCUAGCCACAGCAGGCUCGGCUCGACUUCCUUCCCUUCACAGCAGGAUCUGUAUUUCAGUUCUAUGAGCUGCUGAUGCAACUGUUUCCCUCCACUGGUAACCCAGGGAAAAAAAAUACGUAUGAGAGGAAUAUGCAUAUAUAUAUAAUCAUUUUGUCUGCAUUUCCCUUGUCUCACUUAGUUCUAUAAAUCAUGCCUUUGUGUUGACUGAAUGUCUUGCUUAUUGAAUAUGGGAGACCUCGGGGUAGGACAGUAACUGGAGCAACUGACUGGGUUUUCAGGUAGCCUGAUUGCUUGCUUGCUGGGAAACGUGCACAAGUUCCCCGCGUCGCCAUUAAAACUGUAAUUUUCU